UCACUAAUGACCUCAAAAAUCACAUUUACUAUCUAAGAAACUGUACUUAUCAACAAAGAGAUCGCUGUAAAAUGGCAGAUAAACUCACCUGAGCUUGAGCAGAGACAUGGCACUAACAGAUGGUUUGAGAGAAUGAAAUAGGAUUUUGAAAUUAUUUCCCCUACUGAACAAUUUGUCAUGUGGAGAACUGUAUGUUACCUGUUACCCAGGGUGUAUGAAUAAUUUGUUGCAUUGUUGCACCCAGCUGUCACUUGAUGCCACACAGUGAGCAAAGCAUAAGCAGACACUCGUGGCAUAAAGUCUUUACCAUGCUGUUUCUGGCUGGAACGUCCUCAAUAAUAAGAUAGUUUGUUACAUGAGUAUGGAGCUUGCGGAUAUCAGCGUAGAUCUUUGGAUGAGAUGCUUAGGAAACGACUCUUUGCUGCAGCCUCUGUGGAACAGCCUGAGGCUCAACUACAGAGACUAUUUGAGAUCUGCACUCUUCCCCAUUAUCCUGACAGUGUCUUCCUACUUUGUCUUGUGCCUUCCUUUCCUUGUUUGCGACAUGAUGGGAGAAAGGUGGGCUUGGGUCCAGCAAUUCAAGAUCCAACCCAGCCAUCGUCCAGCAGCCUCUGCACUGCUGCACUGUGCAGGUGUCACCUUGUUCAACCAUGUGUUUCUUGUGCUGCCAGCAUCAGUGGCCCAGUGGGCAUGGAGGCCACCUGUGGACCUGCCUGACCGGGCUCCGUCCCUGCUGGAGCUGAUUGCUGGGGUGAUAGGCAACCUCCUGCUCUUUGACUUCCAAUACUUCAUUUGGCACCUGCUCCAUCACAGGAUCCGCUGGCUGUAUGUCACUUUCCAUGCCAUCCAUCAUAAAUACUACUCUCCCUUUGCUCUUGCCACUCAGUGUCUCGGCGGCUGGGAGCUGGUCACAGUGGGCUUUUGGACCACUCUGAAUCCUGUGAUCCUGAGAUGCCACCUACUCACCACAUGGACAUUCAUGGUGUUGCAUGUCUACGUUUCUAUAGAGGAUCACUGUGGCUAUGAUUUCCCCUGGUCCACAUCACGUCUGAUACCGUUUGGCAUCUAUGGAGGGCCCAGCAAACACGAUGUGCACCAUCAGAAACCCAACACCAAUUUUGCACCACACUUCAGCCACUGGGAUAAAAUAUUUGGCACGCAUGCUGAUUUCAGCUUCUCUACUGCUAUGAAAUAGAAGGCUAUAACACUAUUUGUAACAGCUUUAAAUAGAGGCCGGUGCUUUUGUUUAUCUAAAUUAUGUGGAUAAUAAAAUAUGAAUGUGCAAAAGUUGAAGAGAAAUCUACAUUUUCCUUUACACAGAAAUGGAGGCUUGUCACUUUGUUGUAUUUGAAAAACAACACUGUCACACACACUCCCACUGUGUCUGGUUUCUUUACUUUGAAAGUGAUCCUGAGCUUGAGACAUGGCCUACAUUACAUUCUUCCUCACAUAAAUGAUUCAUUAUUUGAGCCGUUUUUUCUGCUCUUUACCGGUGUAAUGUUUCAGAAUGAGAAUUAGCUUCAUUCGGCAAAUAUUGUGUAUUGCUCUCAAUAAACAAAGGGACAAAAUGAUUUGACUACAUUGCCAAUUUCAUUCAUUCAACUUCAUUGCAGUGGUGUCAUCAACAGUCACGUAUAAAUUACAACAAAGUGCACAUAUUGAUAAUUUAGUGACCACUGAGUCGAAAUUAAUACGUUUUCCCCUUUAUUUUCCAACCAGAAAUUACCACAGCAUAUCACAGGGUUUUUUUAUUUUAUUGUGACGCUUCUUGUUUUUAUUUAGGUAAGCUGACCAGUGAUCAGUAAUGUUUAAUGCAUGAAGGACAAGCAGGUAAAAGUUUCCACCACUAGAUGUCAGAAAAACAUCUCAUUGCCAUUUCGAUUGGAUUUAACAUACUAUAUUUUUAAUGUUUGACUGCAUAUAUCACAAAAAUAUUGCUUACAACACA